CCAACCGCCGCUGCCGGUAAGAGCUCCGGCCGGGCGCAGCGCAGUGCUCGGCUCGUAGCGCCUCCAAGGACGGGCACCGGGCCGGCUGUCCGUGUCUGCUGGCUUGCGGGCUUUUCUUCGCAGCCGCUGCUCCACUUUUCCACCCUUUUGGCUAUAAUCAGCCCCCUCCCCUGCCCGCCCCCUGUAAGCCCAGGCCUCGGCCCAGAGAGGAAAUAUGGGGAAGGAAAAGACCCACAUCAAUAUUGUGGUCAUUGGACAUGUAGAUUCUGGCAAGUCCACCACCACCGGCCAUCUCAUCUACAAAUGUGGGGGCAUCGACAAGCGGACCAUCGAGAAAUUCGAGAAGGAAGCCGCAGAGAUGGGAAAGGGCUCCUUCAAGUACGCUUGGGUGCUGGACAAACUGAAAGCUGAACGUGAGCGAGGCAUCACCAUUGACAUUUCCCUGUGGAAGUUUGAGACCACCAAGUAUUACAUCACCAUCAUCGACGCUCCAGGCCAUCGAGAUUUCAUCAAGAACAUGAUCACAGGGACUUCACAGGCUGACUGUGCCGUCCUGAUUGUAGCUGCCGGGGUAGGGGAAUUUGAAGCGGGCAUCUCCAAAAACGGGCAGACCCGCGAACACGCCUUGCUGGCCUACACGUUGGGUGUCAAGCAGCUGAUCGUCGGCAUCAACAAGAUGGACUCCACUGAGCCUCCGUACAGUGAGAAGCGCUAUGAUGAGAUUGUCAAGGAAGUCAGCGCCUACAUCAAGAAGAUCGGCUACAACCCGGCCACCGUCCCCUUCGUCCCCAUCUCGGGCUGGCACGGCGAUAAUAUGCUGGAACCGUCUCCCAACAUGCCGUGGUUCAAAGGAUGGAAAGUGGAACGCAAGGAAGGCAACGCCAGCGGGGUCUCCCUUCUGGAGGCCCUGGAUACAAUCCUGCCCCCCACUCGCCCUACAGAUAAACCUCUGCGCCUGCCUCUUCAAGACGUCUACAAAAUUGGAGGUAUUGGAACUGUCCCCGUGGGCCGUGUGGAGACCGGGAUCCUCAGGCCUGGCAUGGUGGUCACCUUUGCCCCCGUAAACAUUACCACCGAGGUGAAGUCGGUUGAGAUGCACCACGAGGCCUUGAGUGAAGCUAUGCCAGGGGACAACGUGGGCUUCAACGUCAAGAACGUGUCCGUGAAGGACAUCCGCCGAGGCAACGUCUGCGGAGACAGCAAAUCUGAUCCGCCUCAGGAAGCAGCCCAGUUCACUUCUCAGGUGAUCAUUUUGAACCAUCCUGGACAGAUCAGCGCUGGCUAUUCGCCUGUCAUUGACUGCCACACCGCCCACAUCGCUUGCAAAUUCGCCGAGCUUAAGGAGAAGAUCGACCGACGUUCUGGCAAGAAGCUGGAAGACAAUCCCAAAUCUUUGAAAUCCGGAGACGCGGCGAUCGUGGAGAUGAUCCCUGGGAAGCCGAUGUGUGUGGAGAGCUUCUCCCAGUACCCACCCUUAGGGCGCUUUGCCGUACGCGACAUGCGGCAGACGGUGGCGGUGGGCGUGAUCAAGAACGUGGAGAAGAAGAGCGGCGGGGCGGGCAAGGUCACCAAGUCCGCACAGAAAGCUCAGAAGGCUGGCAAAUGAAUCGUGGGCGCCCCGUGCCUCGCCCAGCACCCUUCGCCCCGACCCGGAUGCCGUCAUCUCCCCCCCGAGGCGCAUGUCUACACAUCCGCUUGUAAAAGUUUGUACGUGAACGACUGGAUGCUCACUAUUAAGGUCCAGUGGAAGUUCUUUAAAAGGAAAAGCAUGUCCCAGCGUUCGUGAGCCUUCGUGUUCAAUUUUACCAAUAAAACUGGUACAACAUCCCAUUC